AUGAGUAAGGUGGUGAGGUUGUCGAUUGCCCAAGUUCUGAAUGUGGUUUCACCGAAGCAGAAGUCUGCAUUGAGAGAAAUGUACAAGAACAAUAAGUAUUUGCCACUCAACCUUCGUCCCAAGAAAACCAGAGCUAUUAGAAAGCGUUUCACAAAACAUCAGGUAUCAUUGAAGACUGAAAGGGAGAAGAAGGAGAUCUAUUACCCAUUGAGGAAGUUUGCAAUUAAGCUGUUUUGUGUUUGUUUUAUUUUUCCAAGCAUUGUUAAAAUCAUGUUUUGAAGGGAUUUAUUGGUUGUUUUGAAAUUGUUGACCAUUCAAUAGCUAUUUUGGUUGUAACUUUGUUUUGAAGUUUGAAUUGAAUUUCAACUUAGUUAUUUCUUUUU